AUGGAUAAGCUGGUCGUCAUAACCAUUGCUUUGUGCAUCAGCUUUGUUUUGUCGGUAAAAAAUAAUGAAGAAGCACUAGACCACAAUGGCAUUUCAAUAACGAGUCUGCAAAACUUUUGCUAUAAUGAAACUGGUUUUACCAAAGAGCAACAUAAACUAAUACGAGAUACACGUGCAUACUCAUCAAACAUGAAUUAUUUUUGCUACGUAGGCUGCUAUUGUACUCAUUUCAAAGAUCUAUUGCUUUUCACGAGGGUUUUAAACUAUGGAUCAGUCAUGGCUUCUAUCACUCGAUCAAACUCUAUUUCAAAAGCAAACCAGGUGAUGAAUCAGUGUAAAAAAAUAACUACAAACAGUCUGUGUGCUGCCGGAAGGGAGAUUCACGAUUGCUUUGCUCAAAAUGGAGUCGCUAUUGAAGGUUUAAUUGGGUACUUUGAUGGAGGUAAAAUGUAA